GAUAACAAUGCGUAAUUCUCUAUUGUCUAUUCCAACAUAAUAAUCCUUAAGUUAGAUGAAUGUCUUCCGUUUCCCCGGCUCAUUUGCCUAUCUUUGUUCAGCCGCCGCUCUUUGGUCCAUUUCGCAGAAUCAGUGGUAUAACGCUAUUCUGUCAUUCUAAGAUCAAACAGGUGUGGAUAUGUUUUUGCUAGACGCUUGGAAUGGCAAAGAAUCAAUAUAAACAAUGUUUACGAUGUCCCGACGUGUCUUUGUGGUGAAAAUAUGUUUACUGUGUGCGUUUCAAUUGAUAACACUUACGAUUUUAUUGAUGUUAACCUCAAACAAGGACGACAAAGAAGAAGUCUUGACCUUACGCCGAGACUCCGAGGGUGUGUCACUGGAUGGAUGGAACAGCUUCCGCAAGACCAACACUCUCUCCCUCUGCAGUCCUUAGCCAUACCAGGAUCACACAACUCUUUCACGUAUACCCUAUCGAGCAGGCGCGAAAUCGCACCGUCAUUCAUGGAUUAUCAAACACUGAGGAUUGUGCAUGGAUUGUAUGAGCGAACAAUUCGUGAGCUUCUGAAGGAUAUAAAGGAUUUCACCUCGGCGCGACCCAAAGAGGUUGUCAUCCUUGUGUUAACUCCCUAUGGGAAGACAAACUAUGUCAAAAACGCUUUUCUGACGCCAUCGGCGAUGCACAUAGCGUAUCACACACUGACGGGCGGAACUCUAGAAUGGACACUCGGACGUCCCGCUACGCAAGCAGCAACAGAAUGGAUCAAAAGAGUAGGAAAAAGAUGUAACUUAAACAUUGUGCUAGCUGACUAUGUAGAUUACUUCGAGUUUAUCAGAACUGUUAUCAAGUUGAAUUUUGAGAAAUGCAAGUACAUUGGGACCUCGAUAAAACGACACUACGAGCUCUUUCGCAGGGGUGACCUUUGGGAGCGCCUGCUAAGUUCGCUGGAUCUUCGAGCAUGACGAUACUCGCUUCAGGGGUUUUUGAAAACCAAUUUACAGUUUGGACCAUGUAAUUUGCUCUUACCCAUUCAGGCCCGUACCCAGGAUUUUUCUUGGGGGGGUGCGAAAUCCGAAAAAGUGGACCUAAUUUUUCCGGG